GUAUACUGAAUACUUUUGUUCAUGUAUAUUUGAAUUAAUUAAUCAGGCGUGUGUCAAUUUUUCAUGGUUUAAAGUUCCUAUAAGAACUAUGCUUGAUGUUUGCUCUGACGUCUACCAUUUUUAUCUUUAAAAUAUUUUACUUAUAAUUUUUGCUACCGUUCAUGCUUCAUCUCCAGUAAGGCAUGGGGAAGCAAGGAGGAGGAACUAAAAACCCGGCUUGUCAGCCUCACAAUCCUGUAUCACUCAGGGAAGAAGCCACAGGAAAAAUACAUAAAAAGCCAAGAGCCACCACCAGGUCAUUAGUGGAGGUUGAGCACUUGGAAAAGAUUGCAGUUUGGGCCUCUCAUGAGGCUCAGAUACCGUCUUUAGGAGCCUUCUAUGGGCAGCGUUUGGCCACUGUUGCCGAGGCCAAUGGAAUAACGCCUGAUUCUUCUUUGAUAACUUGCCAUAGAUGUGAAACUGUUCUUCAUCCUGGCAUCAAUUCAACUGUGAGAAUUGAGAAGAAUAGAUCAAAGCACAGGGGCAAGCAUAAACACAGUCAAAACAAUGUAGUAUACAAGUGCCAUUUCUGUUUGCAUCAGAAUGUGAAGAGGGGGACUCCUAAGGGACAUAUGAAAGGACUAUGUCCAUCUAAAACCAAAACGUCAUCGGUAUCAACACCAGCAACAAAACCCAUUACACAUGAGUCUUCAAAAUCGGGGAAAGGCAUUAUAGGUGAAGACAACACCAAAGAAGCAGAUGCAUCUGCUUCAUCAGUUACAGAUAAAGAUGUCUCCGUUGUAGAUAGUCCAGCCACCCCAUCAAGUGUAAGUGCCACAACCUCAAAGAAAAGAAAGUCUAAGAAGACACUUGAAGCUUCAAGUGCAUCUGUUAAAUCAGAAGCAUCGAAAACUCAGGGCACAGCAAGCAAAAAACGGAAAAGAUCAUGGACUAGCUUAAAGAAACUUGUGCAGAGCAAUGACCACGACAACAGUGAUGAUGCUAAUUUGAAAAUCCCAUUCCUUUUAUAAGUAGGGAAGUUAUAAAUUUUGUUAUCAAGUUGGUUCUCUUGCUUGGAGGUCAUUAUUUCCUCUGCUAGAGUUGCACUUUCUAAUUGUUUUCUAUGGAGAAAUUUUAUUUUCUAUGGAUAUUAAUAGAUCUGCCAAUAGAUCUUUUUUUAUUUUCCUUUUUUUUUUCUUCUCCGGCAGUGUACUUUGCCCGAGUGAGGAGCAAUAGUUUGAUAAUAGCUAUGAUAUUUUUGUAUCUUGAAGGUGAUUCUGAGUUCAAGCCCGAGUGAGGAGCAAUAGUUUAAUAAUAGCUAUGAUAUUUUUGUAUCUUGAAGGUGAUUCUGAGUUCAAAAUAGACGGGAAAUUGGGGAAUAAAAUGGGAUGGCUAGGUUGUUGUUUUAA